GAUAAACCCUAAAACCCUGAAAUCAAAGAUUACGCGCAUCUGGAGAGAGAGAGAGAGAGAGAGAGAGAUGGAUCACAUAGCAGCGAUGGAGGAGCAAAUCGUGUCGGAGAGGCUUAGAAGAAAACUCGAGGAAGUGAAUGCGGCUGCGCAGUCUCAGCUCUCUCCUGUACAAGAUCAUAUCAAUUUCACUCUUCAGCAAGCUUAUUUCAGAUGUGCAUAUGAGUGCUUUGACAGGAGAAGGAAGCAAGAAGAGAUAAGUAAUUGCGUCGAGCACUGCAGUGUUCCCGUUGUCAAUGCUCAACAACAUUUCGAGAACGAAAUGGCCAAGUUUCAGGAAAGGAUGAACAGAUCACUAAUGGUAUGUCAAGACAAGUUCGAGGCCACAAAGCUCCAGAAGAUAAGGACCGAUGCCGUGAGCGAAAUGGAGGCCUGCGUGCACCAAUCCAUCGACGAGAACCUCAAAACGCUUCCGCACCUUGUCCAGCGGAUGAAAACCGCUUUCUCCAUCGGCGAGUAAUAUCAUGCUGCGGUACCAUUUUUCUCAGUUAUCGGCCUACGAAUGGGAGGUACUCCAUUGCAUACCGGAAAAGAGUGUGUACUGAUUGAAUUGAAUAAUUCAGACAUAAGACCUCAAACCAAAAGCUUUCUGCUUUAUUGAUGCAAACGAUCUUUGACAAUGUGGAAUACCCAUUAUCAAAGUGUACACCGUACAUGGACCGACAUAUUAAGCAUUUUCGGCCUUAACGACUGAA